AUGUCGUCUUGACAACUUCAAUACAAACAAACGUAAAUAUUGCCUGACGUCUUCUGAGUAGAAAGAUGAGUUUUAUUUAGUUGUAAAUGUGUUGUGGGUUUAAAAUAAAUAAAUAAAAAUGAGAUUCAAAAUUACGCUUGCCGAAAAGCCCUCCCAUAAAGCUCCGGUAACUUGUGUUGGUUGGAGUAGCACUGAAGAAGUUUAUUCCGCAGGAGAUGAUUGCCAAGUACUAUCAUGGUCAGUCUCGACCAAUCAAUCCACGAGAAUCACCAAAUUUAGUGAAGAAAUUUACCCAACCGAUCUUCAAUUUUUACCCAGAACUGGUGGAUCUUUAAGUAAACAUGGGGAUCUCAUCCUAAUAACAGCAGCCGAUGGACGAUUCCACAUCAUGAACAAAGCAGGAAGAAUUGAAAGAUCCGUAGAAGCCCAUAACGGAGCCAUUCUGGUUGGUCAAUGGGGCAAUGAUGGCACUGGUCUUUUAACGGCCGGCGAAGACGGCAUGAUAAAAAUUUGGUCUCGCAGCGGAAUGCUUCGCAGCACUGUCGUGUCGAGCGAGUGUUCGGUUUACGGAGCCUCCUGGUCGCCGGACAGCCAGGCCAUCGUCUACACCCAAGGGAAAUGUCUCGUCGUGAAACAGCUGGCGCCCAACACCAAACCGCUUAAGUGGAAAGCCCAUGACGCAAUUGUACUUUGUCUAGCAUGGAGUCCAGUAUCCGAAUUGAUCGUUUCUGGGGGAGAAGACUGCAAAUACCGUGUAUGGGACAGCCAAGGACGGCUGUUGUUCUCCAGCGGGUUUCAUGGCAACCACAUACAAUCAGUUGCAUGGUCUCCUACUGGUGAUCUCUUUACCGUCGCCACUUACAACACCCUGAGGCUUUGCGACUGCCUAGGGUGGUCAAGAUCCUUGGAUAAACCUAACACGGGUUGUAUCUACAAAAUGGCAUGGUCAGCAGACGGUACCCAACUGGCAGGAGCAUGCGCAAAUGGUCAAGUUCUCUUUGCCCACGUUGUGGAAAGGGAAGUGCAAUACCAGAACUUUAUGGCUUUGGUUAGCGAAAAAAAACUGGUUACCGUUAAGAAUAUCCUCGAAGAGACAGAAGAACAUUUGGAGUUACCCGAAAGAGUAAUUCAAUUGGCGAUGAGAUAUGAACACUUGGUACUUACCACUCCUUCUCAGUGCUACAUUUAUAAUAUCAACAAUUGGAACACACCAGCCAUAUUCGAUUUAAAGGAUGGGUCGGUUAUUCUAUUAUUACUAGCUGAAAAGCACAUGUUAUUGGUUGAAAAAAGCACUGCUAGUAUUUACAACUACCAAGGAAGGCUGAUUGCUUCUCCCCGUUGGCCAAAUAUGAGAUUAGAUCAUAUUAAAACGGCUCUAGUAGCACUAUCGCCAGACACAUUGGCUGUAAGAGAUUCCGGUGAUCCAAAAGUGAUUCAUAUUGUGGACUUAUCGAAUAACAGAACAUCAAGUGAUUCAACCCAAAUCCAACAUCCUACACCCGUAAUUCAAAUUUCUUUGGACCAAUGGGGGGAAACACCGUCAAGAAAUUUGGCUAUUUUAGACAAAACAAGAGACUUGUUUUUAAUUAACGUUAGAUCUUCGAAUAAGACAUUCAGUAAAUUGGGCAGAAAAAUUGAGUCCUUCCAAUGGAACGCUACCGACAACAUUAUGGCAGCGAUUCAAGAUACAAAACUGGUGGUCUGGUAUUGUCCUACUGCCUGUUUUAAUCCCAAGUUACUUAGGAUGUGUUCUUUUCAAUACGAUUCUUCUGAACUAGGUAGUAGUCCUAGAAUUAACGAUUUUAUUGGAAAUGCUGUAUCUGUGAGACGCGCUGAUGGAUCUCUUCUUAAUGUACCCAUAUCGCCCUUCCCCAGUUUAUUACAUAAGGCUGUAUUGGACAACAGAUGGACAGAUGCUGUAAAUAUGUGUCGUACAGCCAAUAACGAAACCUCUUGGGCUUGUCUUGCUGUUCUUGCUACCCAAUCAAACUCGUUUACAAUGGAUAUUGCAGAGGAGGCUUUCGCAAAUAUUAAUCAGUACGAUAAAGUGUUCUUUUUGGAACACAUUAAGAAUUUACCAUCUAAGGCUGAACAGAAGGCUCAAAUGGCCUUACUGGGAGGUAGAAAUUUGGAGGCAGAAUCCACUCUUUUACACAACGGAAUGGUAUUUCAAGCAAUCUAUAUGAAUAUAAAUUUGUAUGACUGGAACAGAGCGUUAGAUCUGGCAAUCAAACAUAAAACGCAUAUCGAUACAGUCCUUUAUUUACGUGAGAAAUAUUUGACAGGACUGGGAAAAACAGAAAAUAAUAACAAGUUUAUGACCCUCAGAGAAACUGUUUCGAUUGACAAGGACAAAGUAGAGGAAAAAAUUAGGAUAGAAUUUCAAAAACGGAAGCCAAGUACUUAAGAUUUAUUUUUCAACAUUUGUAUAAACAUAUAAUAUAAUUUGUACAAUUAUUAUUAAAAUCGUUUUAAUUA